GCUAGAUUCAUGGUCUCCACCGCCGUACUUCGAUGAAGACAGCUACCCCUCCCCUCCCAGGAAUAUGAAAGGUUUAUCAAGUGGUCGUCCUCAGCUCACCUUCACAUCAGGACACACCUGUGGGCUGCCAGACUGCGAUCAGUCCCUCGAUCACUUGCAGCAUGUCGGCCCAGACUCCCGCUCUCCCUACCUGCUCAGUCCCACCGAGAGUUGCCCUUUGGACCCACACCGCUGCUCACCCCGCAGCUCCAUCCACUCGGAGUGCAUGGUGAUGCCAGUUUCUAUGGCAUCUGACCACGUCUCCAGCAGCACCUUUCCUAGAAUGCACUACAGUUCACAUCAGGACAGCUUGCGGGACGACGGCUCCACUUCUCAUGGUGGAGGAGGUGGCGGAGGAGGGGUUAGCAUUGUUAGCGGGGGUGGCGGAUCCGGGAAGAUGAACCGUAUUCCUGCGAACCUCCUUGACCAGUUCGAGAAGCAGCUACCGAUUCAUAGGGAUGGUUUCCACACGCUGCAGUACCAGCGCACGUCUGCCACCACCACCAACAGCGAGCAGCGCAACGAGAGUCCCGGGCGCAUUCGCCACCUGGUGCACUCUGUCCAGAAGCUCUUCACCAAAUCGCACUCUCUUGAAGGCUCUUCCAAGAUGAACGGCACCAAGGGAGACUCUCGCUCAGACAGCGGACACCACCACCAUCACCACCAUCAUCACGGCCAUGACCAUGGGAGCCACAAACACAGCAAACGAAGUAAGAGCAAGGAACGCAAGUCAGACUCCAAGCAACGCUCAGGGAUAGCAGGCUGGUGGAGCUCUGACGACAACCUGGACAGUGACAGCACCUACCGGACUCCCAGCAUCAUGAGUCGGCACCACGGAGAUCAUAUCACUCACUGUUACCCGGAUAUGGGCCACGGGCACUUCGGUGACCUUUCACUAAAGACCUCAAAGAGCAACAAUGACGUGAAAUGUUCAGCAUGCGAGAGCAUCGCUAUGGCCCCCGAGGGCAAAUUCAUGAAGCGCAGCUCCUGGUCGACUCUGACUGUCAGCCAAGCUAAAGAAGCCUACCGUAAAUCUUCCCUUAACCUGGAGAAACCGACCAUGCCUCAAGAUCUGAAGUCCUCCAUGAGGCCUUGUCAUUUUUUACAGGUCCCUCAGGAUGAAUGGGGAGGGAGAGAUGAGGAGAUCCCAUGCAGAAGGAUGCGGAGCAGCAGCUACGUUAAAGCCAUGGGUGAUCAAGACAGUGGAGACUCUGAUGGCAGCCCCAAAAACUCCCCACAGAAAAUGGUGCGACCCAACGCGCUCGUCAAAUCUGUGCUGCAGAGACAACUUUCAGACCAGAGCUCAUACCGUUUGGAUAAGUCUAGCCGGGACAUGGUCAAAUACCUCACCAACAUCACUGCAGAUUUAAGUCAAAGCUACCAUCUUCAGACCUCUAGGGAAAUCCAUCCCAGCAUCACACUGGAACCGUCGCCCAACUACAACUCCCCCAAAUUCCGCUCCAGGAACCAGAGCUACAUGAGAGCGGUCAGCACCCUGAGUCAGGCCAGCUGUGUCAGCCAGGUCAGCCAGGUGAGCGAGACCGAGGUCAAUGGGCAGUUUGAGUCGGUGUGUGAAUCCGUGUUCAGUGAGGUGGAAUCUCAGGCCAUGGACGCUUUGGACUUGCCGGGCUGCUUCAGGACACGUAGCCACAGUUACCUGCGAGCCAUCCAGGCCGGAUUUUCCCAGGACGAUGACUGCGUCCCCUCCAUGACAUCAUCUACUGUCACAUCCACCAUCAGGUCCACCACAGAGGGAAAUGAUGUGCUGGAGGGCACUGGUUUGCUUAAUGAGGACAAUUUACCCAGCGAGGGGCCAGACUUGACCUCCAUGGCCCAUGGCAAUACGGGCUUCCGCAGGAGAGGAGAUGAAUCAGGCACCCUUUAUGGUAAUGGCUCACCAUCCAGGACUCCCUUGUUUCCCCCAUUGAAAACGAGUGCACCCAUCAGGCCACGGCCUGUUCAGUCAAGUGUCCAGGAGACGGCAGAUCUGGCCCUGGCCAUCAGCCAGCAGUGGAGAGAGGAUGUGUCAGCCAUGCGUAAGGAGUUAGCCGAGCUCAGGAAGGAUCUGUGCACAGAGCUCAGAGCCUUUAACAGGAACUUUUCCACCUUUACACAACAUUACAGCACAUGGUCACCGAGCUGUGUGAGGGAAACCCAGACAGCUGCACCUCAAGUGUCUGUCAGCACCCAGGCAGGAAGCAAGACCCUGGUGCGUCAGAACACAGCGGAUGCAGCGGUUAACUGCCCAUCACCAGUUGAUCCCAGUGUUUUAUCCAUGUCUCCCUCUGAACCUGCAGAUAGAAACGUUCUGCAGGUCUCAACGUCAUCACCAUUUUUUCAAACUGACCCCAACUCUGAAUUAGCAGACAUUGAUGAUCCUACUUUUGCUAAUCUUACCCCUCCAGAUCCAGUUGAUGUUACAUCGCUUUGUUGGCCUGAUCUAGAUUCAGACUCUAUGACUCCUCCUGAUCCUCCAGAACCAGUACCAGAAGUAGAAUCCUAUUGCUUUACAAAGUCAUCCACUCCUGAGCAUGUUGAAUCAAUUGUUUUAGACUUUACAAAUGUAGAGCUUGUGAACCUGGCCAGUUUGCAAUGGCCUAAACUGGAUCCGGAAGAUACUGGCUCUUCACUACACGAAUCUCUCGAUCAGCCCUCUCCGGGGUCUCCGGAAGAGCUUGGUCCAUGUACACCCGAGCUUGUUAUCACAACUACACAGGAACGGUCAGUCCUAGAAUCAAUGCAACCAUUGUUGCUGAGUCAUUUAGAUGAAGAACAAAUAGACUUCACAUUGCCCGAACUGGACCCCAGUGUUCUGAGUCCAUUGACCUUGGAUUCUAUGAAUCUUCAUGACUUAAAAUGGCCAAGUUUAGAAUCUCUCGAACUCAAUGUUUCUGGCUCUCAAAGCCCAGGUCCUUUAGAUCUAGCUUUGCCAAACCCUCCAACUCCAGAAACUGUCUACACAUGCUCCUUUGAGUCUACAGCACAAGAACCACCCCUUCCAGAACUUUUGGACACCAUUUAUCUCCAGCCUGCCACACCAGAGCCCGAAUCGCGAACAGACUCUGACAUAUCAAACCCAGCAAGCCCCGAACCUCAUUUUCCCACUUGUCAAAAGUCAAGUACACAUGAACUAGACUCUCAGGCUCUUGUUUUAUGGUCCAAAAAGGACACAUUCAUGAUCUUUCGAGAAGAAGAUGGUGCAGAGUCCUGCUCUGAAGAGAAAGAUGGUCAGAAUGUAGCUUCUUCUGACACGAUGAUUAAUUUUGCAGUCCAGUCAGACGCUGUUGACUCAGGUCCUCUUGAGUCUGAGACUCUUUUCUCUGCCGUUCUGUGCUCAAUUGAGUCAGACACUUUCGAUCCUGAAGUCACGAGCAUGGAUGAACCAACAACACAAGGGUCGAAUCCACCCGGACUUGCCACCAUAGACCCAGCGACUGUGCACCCCUUCAAUUUAUCCCUGCUGGAGCUUCAGUCGGCUUUAGAUGUGUCUAAGAGCGAAACAAGCGAUAAUGGGUCACCAAAGGGAACAGCAGCCAUAAGCAGCCCUUCUUAUUCUCCAUCCCGUAGGGAUUUUCUGUGGAUUCGGUGGCAGCGGAAAACGCGUGGACGGCAGCCAAUGUCACGGAGUGCCAGUAUGGAAAUUUACCACAAGAAAUACUCAAACAAUUCAGAGAUGUCUUAUAUGUCACUGUCACUCUGAGCUCUUCGAAAGUGCAUGAAGCUACACGGGGUGUGCAAUAGAUAAUCAUAAGAUGUAAUAUUUGCUGACAGAAUACAAGACUGUUAAGUUAUGUAGCAAGAUGUUUACAGGUUUGUGUCUCUCCAAAGUGUGUGUGUGUAAUUAUAUAAAAGAGAAUGAGAAGUAGAGAGUGUGGAAAGGACAAAAGAUGAAGGGGGUUGCUACAUUUUAGGCAUGGAUGAGGUUAUGAGAGAGGUUGUAGCUAAAAGCAGUCUGAUGACAAAAAUGGCACUGCAUUAGUGUACUUCAGACAUUCAGCACCUAUUUACUCUGUGAAACCAGUGAGUCACCUUGAACUUCACUCCUCUCCAGGGACAUUCUUUACAGAGACUCAGAUGUAUUUUAGUAAAUACUGUGAUUGUUUUUUUGGCGGAGAACGAAGACUUCCAGUCAAGACACUCUUGCCAAUAAACUUUAGAAACUACCGAGUAAACUGUAAAAUAAAUCUCUGUACAAACCUAUCUUGGAUCAACCAGGAAUUUGUACCUUGGUCAUGUUCUGUGAGGGCGAAGGCAUAGGGAUAAUCCUUUUUCAGAUGGAACAAGACUGAAUGUUGGCCAAAGACUACCUGAAACAACUGCUUGGAUACAUUUUAUGGAUUUUUGAUAAUCUGUUUUUUUCUCUGAAUGUAAUGUAAUGGUCAUUUUUCUGGUGUGAAUAAUGGAAUCCUUUAUUCCAUUUAACUCAAAGUCUUCAGAGCCAAAGUCUCACUGUAAAAGUGGAGGACAAUUUAGUACUGUGAAUUUUCCAAAGACACGACGGCUAUGUUAUGAUACUGUGUAAAGUGACUGAUUUUCUUUUUCUCUUUUUUUUUCUUUAAAACCUAUAUCUUGAGGGGACGUUGGACAUGCUGAAUGUGAUAUUUUUUGAUUCCCUUUCUGGACAUAUAUGGAAAUAUUUGAGAUUUUAAUAUUGAAUCACUAUUUCUUAAAAUGACUUACAUUUACAGAGGUCCGACGUACUGUUAGUCUGCUCUGUUUACUUGAAUAGGAGCAUGUAGUUCAUUAUACAGUUUAUUUGAUUUGGGAAAUAGAUCUACAGGCCACAGAAAUGCAUACUGGUUAGGAAGUAAGUCCUGUGGUCUAAACAAACAAAUUGAAGGGACUGUCCAAUAUUUGUACAGUUAGCAGUAAACAAAAUUUAUCAUGCACACUUCUUACAAAUCCAUGCUAAUCUUUCAAAUCCACAUAUAUUAUUAUAAAAGAGAUACUACAUACUGUUUGCUCUUGAAACACAAGUAUAAUAUAUUCCACAGGGAUUCCCUCUUUUAUUGUACAUAUGCAGCCGAUUGUAUCCUGUGACUUUUUUCUCUUCAAAUAUUAAUAACAUUACAGACACAACAGCUCCAUGUGUUAAAAAAUGAUG